UGGAGUGAUAAGAUAAUGAUGUAACUUCGUUCUUCCACCAGACAGAAUUUGAAACGAACAAAGAGCGCAAAGAGCUUUGACAGUAGCAAGAGCAAUGGCUUCCGUAUCAGUUGCUCUAAAUCUCUCAACGCCAAGACCUUCUCUUCUACACUCACCAUCACCACCCUCUUUGAAAUUCUCUCCCGUUCACAACACUUCUCGAAGACUCGCUCUCUUUCAGCUCGGCAUUGCUCUCCCCCAGUCACAGUUAUUUAAUGCAGAAGCAUCUAAGUUGUUUGCAGCAGAGGGAAACACAACUAAGGUUGCCACAGCUGGAAAUAUUACACGAGAAAGCACCUCUUUCACUGAGGUAGAUGCAAUGGAUUGGGUAAAAAAUGACAACAGAAGGGUGCUCCAUUUUGUCUAUAGUGUCGGGGACUUGGACAAGACUAUAAAGUACACCUAUUUAAUACAACAAAUAGCUAAUUGUCUAAUGAGAUGUAGAUUUUAUACCGAAUGCUUGGGAAUGAAGUUGUUAAGAAAACGUGACAUACCAGAGGAUAGAUAUACAAAUGCCUUUCUUGGAUAUGGACCUGAAGAAUCCAAUGUUACUGUUGAACUUACCUACAAUUAUGGAGUGAACAAGUAUGAUAUUGGAACUGGAUUUGGCCAUUUUGGUAUUGCAGUUGAGGAUGCUGCCAAAACAGUUGAUCUUGUAAAGGCAAAGGGGGGAAAAGUUAUCAGGGAACCUGGACCUGUUACAAAUGGUAGUACAGUGAUUGCUAUGAUUGAAGAUCCUAAUGGUUAUAAUUUUGAGCUUUUGGAAAGGGGGCCAACUCCUGAGCCCCUAUGUCAAGUGAUGCUUCGAGUUGGUGAUCUUGAUCGCUCCAUAAACUUCUAUAAAAAGGCUUUUGGCAUGGAACUUCUCCACAAAAGGGAUAACCCUGAGUACAAGUAUACAAAUGCCAUCAUGGGCUAUGGUCCUGAAGAUAAGAAUGCAGUGCUUGAACUGACAUAUAACUAUGGGGUGACAGAGUAUGACAAAGGAAAUGGUUAUACACAGAUAGCAUUAAGCACAGACAAUGUUUAUAAGAGUGCAGAAGCAAUCAAACUAUUUGGAGGGAAGAUUAUUCGUGAACCUGGGCCCUUGCCAGGUAUCAACACCAAGAUCACCGCUUGUUUGGAUCCUGAUGGUUGGAAAUUGGUCUUUGUUGACAAUAAAGAUUUUCUCAGGGAACUAGAGUGACCAAAUCUUCAUGAUAGCUGCUACACCUGACUGAAUUCAUCAUAACAAUUUUGUCUACAGAAUCUCACAUUCUUCCAAACUUAUAUCUCCAGAAGCAUCCCAUGUGAUAACAGGCCGUAUCCCAAUUUGCUGAUAAAAUCACUCUGUAUAUGACUAUAACAGUAGAUAUAAAUGCUUUUCUUGCCCA